UGUAAGUUUUAGUCUUUUUUAAGUCUAGGACUGAAAAUAUCCGAAGAGCCGCAAGACAAGUCGAAUUGCGUGAUGGCCCAGUGGGCUUCUUGGUUUCUUUAUACGUGAAACCUAAGAGUCCGAAACCCUAGCUAUUAAAGUCGUUCGUAAGCAGCAGAAGAACUAAGAAGAAGCAAAGAGAAGAUGCAGAUUUUCGUGAAAACCCUCACGGGCAAGACAAUCACUCUUGAGGUCGAGUCUAGUGACACCAUCGACAAUGUCAAGACUAAGAUUCAAGAUAAGGAAGGAAUUCCACCGGAUCAGCAGAGGCUGAUUUUUGCUGGGAAGCAGCUAGAAGACGGCCGUACUCUUGCCGAUUACAAUAUUCAGAAAGAGUCUACUCUGCAUCUGGUGUUGAGGCUUCGUGGAGGAAUUAUCGAACCGUCUUUGGUGGCUUUGGCUAGGAAGUUUAACCAAGAAAAAACUAUAUGCCGCAAGUGCUAUGCUCGGUUGCAUCCCCGUGCUGUCAACUGCCGCAAGAAGAAGUGUGGGCAUAGCAAUCAGUUGAGGCCAAAGAAGAAGAUCAAGUAGAUUAUGAAUCUGAACAUUUUCAAGUCCAUUGUUGUUCUGCUUUGCUGUUGUCUGCUUUGAGUCAUCUUUCAAAUGUAAUUGCAUCAACUUUGAUGCUUUUUCAUUUAUGGUUUUGGUGAACUUUUUAGCACUUUUAACAUUGUUUGCACUUCAGGUUCAAAUGCUAUUACGUAGUACUAUUAACUAUUAAAGCUAAGAUGCUUGAAAUGCACUUUCAAUUGUUUAUAGGGUC